GCGGCCGCCGCGCUGUUGCUGCUGUUGCUGCCCCGGGCCCGAGCGGACGAGCACGAACACACGUAUCAAGAUAAAGAGGAAGUUGUCUUGUGGAUGAAUACUGUUGGGCCUUACCAUAAUCGCCAAGAAACAUAUAAGUACUUUUCACUUCCAUUCUGUGUUGGGUCAAAAAAAAGUAUCAGCCAUUACCAUGAAACUCUAGGAGAAGCACUUCAAGGAGUGGAGUUGGAAUUUAGUGGUCUGGAUAUUAAAUUUAAAGAUGAUGUGAUGCCAGCCACUUACUGUGAAAUUGACUUAGAUAAGGAAAAAAGAGAUGCAUUUGUUUAUGCUAUCAAAAAUCACUACUGGUACCAGAUGUACAUAGAUGACUUACCAAUAUGGGGUAUUGUUGGUGAAGCAGAUGAAAAUGGAGAAGAUUAUUAUCUCUGGACCUACAAAAAACUUGAAAUUGGUUUUAAUGGAAAUCGAAUUGUUGAUGUUAAUUUAACUAGUGAAGGGAAGGUGAAACUAGUUCCAAAUACAAAAAUACAGAUGUCAUAUUCAGUAAAAUGGAAAAAGUCAGAUGUAAAAUUUGAAGAUCGAUUUGACAAAUAUCUUGAUCCGUCAUUUUUUCAACAUAGGAUCCAUUGGUUUUCAAUUUUUAACUCCUUCAUGAUGGUGAUCUUCUUGGUGGGCUUAGUUUCAAUGAUUUUAAUGAGAACUUUAAGAAAAGAUUAUGCCCGGUACAGUAAAGAAGAAGAAAUGGAUGACAUGGAUAGAGACCUAGGAGAUGAAUAUGGAUGGAAGCAGGUGCAUGGAGAUGUAUUUAGACCAUCAAGUCACCCACUGAUAUUUUCUUCUCUCAUUGGUUCUGGGUGUCAGAUAUUUGCAGUGUCUCUCAUUGUUAUUAUUGUUGCAAUGAUAGAAGAUUUAUAUACAGAGAGGGGUUCAAUGCUCAGUACAGCCAUAUUUGUCUAUGCUGCUACAUCUCCAGUGAAUGGUUAUUUUGGAGGAAGUCUGUAUGCUAGACAAGGAGGAAGGAGAUGGAUAAAGCAGAUGUUUAUUGGGGCAUUUCUUAUCCCAGCUAUGGUGUGCGGCACUGCCUUCUUCAUCAACUUUAUAGCCAUUUAUUACCACGCCUCAAGAGCCAUUCCUUUUGGAACAAUGGUGGCUGUUUGUUGCAUUUGCUUUUUUGUUAUUCUUCCUUUAAAUCUUGUUGGUACAAUUCUUGGCCGAAAUCUGUCAGGCCAGCCCAACUUCCCUUGUCGAGUCAAUGCUGUGCCUCGUCCUAUACCAGAGAAAAAAUGGUUUAUGGAGCCUGCAGUUAUUGUUUGCCUGGGAGGAAUUUUACCUUUUGGCUCAAUCUUUAUUGAAAUGUAUUUCAUCUUCACCUCUUUCUGGGCAUAUAAGAUCUACUAUGUCUAUGGCUUCAUGAUGCUGGUGCUGGUCAUUCUGUGCAUUGUGACUGUUUGCGUGACCAUCGUCUGCACAUACUUCCUGCUAAAUGCGGAGGACUAUAGGUGGCAAUGGACAAGUUUUCUCUCUGCUGCAUCAACUGCAAUCUAUGUUUACAUGUAUUCCUUUUACUACUAUUUUUUCAAAACAAAGAUGUAUGGCUUAUUUCAGACAUCAUUUUACUUUGGAUAUAUGGCCGUAUUUAGCACAGCCUUGGGGAUAAUGUGUGGAGCAAUUGGUUACAUGGGAACAAGUGCCUUUGUCCGAAAAAUCUAUACUAAUGUGAAAAUUGACUAGAGAUACAAAAAAACCUGGAACUUUGGAUCAAUUUCUCUUUCAUAGUGGUGGAACUUGCACAGCAAAAAAGGAAAGCGCAAGAAGAAAUUUGGGCUUAACACUGGGUACACUGUGGGUCUCUCUUUCAUGGAUGGCUUAAAGUAACAUCUAUUUCCAUUGAUCCUAGGUUCUUACUGACUGCUUUCUCCAACUGUUCACAGCAAAUGUGUGGAUUUUAUGCAGUAGGCAUUACUACAGUACAUGGCUAAUCUUCCCAAAAACUAGCUCAUUAAAGAUGAAAUAGACCAGCUCUCUUCAGUGAAGAGGACAAAUAGUUUAUUUAAAGCAUUUGUUCCAAUAUAAAUAAAUAAGAGGGAAACUUGGAUGCUAAAAGUACAUGAAUAGAAAUCUUCCUGGCACUUAGUAUUUCUAUGUUCUUGAAAAAUGAUGUUCCAGAAAGAUUACCUUUUCUUUUAUUUUUACUGCCAUUGUUGACCUAUUGUGGGACAUUUUUAUAUAUUGAAUCUGGGUUCUUUUUUGAUCUGUUAUUAGUUGUCCAUGACCUGCACCCCGCACCCCAACGCAACUGCAUCCUUUUUUAAAAAAGGAAAAAAAAAAAAAGAAAACUUAGCCAAGUUAAAUUCUGCAUGUAAUAUAUCUGCUGUCAUCUUAGUCAGACCAACUUUCCAUUUAUUUAUCUUAAAAUUAUCCAAUUACAUCUUAAUUCCAUCCAAAGAUACAGUCCGAAGAUAGAUGUGUAUUCUCUAUAUGCAAUUUACUGUACAGUUAGAAAGCAAAGUAUUAAAUGGAGAAGGUACUUGUUUUUAUAAACAUUUGAGAUUUAGAUAAUCUACAUUUUAACUGAGUAUCUAAAGUGAUUAUCCCCUCACCCCCCAGUUAGUCUCACAUCUUUUUUUGGGUUUGAAUGAAGGCUUUACAUGAGAAAUUAUUAAAAACAAGGGGGGGUGGGUAAUAAAUGUAUAUAACAUUAAAUAAUGUAACGUAGGUGUAGAUUUCCAACUGCAUUUGGAUGUACAGACUGAAUAGGGAGUACUUUUUCUGAUGAUUGGUGUAGAAAUAUGUGAAUUUGGGUGGCUUUUUACAUCUUGCCUACCAUUGCAUGAAACAUUGGGGUUCCUUCAAAAUGUGUGUGUCAUACUUCUUUUGGGUGGGGGGUGUUUUAUUCUGUUUCUUUUCUGAGACUCAUACAGGAGCUAAAUUUGUAAUUUAGAAACAUUUAAUUUUGUUAAUCCUGUCUGGGACAUUUAAAUAACAUCUAAAGCAUCAUUGCUUUAGAAUGUUCAAAUAAAAUUUCCUGACCAAA